AUGUCUCGGCCAGCAAAGCUUACGCUCGCGGGCACAUCUCUCUUUGCCGUCGCAACAGUGUUCUUCGUACAUUACGGGCAACAGGCCGAGAAAGCUGCAAUGCAUCAAGGCGUCGUGAGAGACAUGGAACAGCAGCGAUUAAAGAAGGAGCGCCAGUUGGAUUUCGAUAUGCAGAGAGCGCUGGAGGAGGAAUACAAGAAGGUGCAGAGUGUACAUGAUGGGUCAGUUGUGUUGGACAAGCCUAGGUAG